GUUUCCGCGGCGGACGGAUCUCUACCGAGCACACCGGACCCGCAGGAGCUCGGUUCCGCCGAACUGGACCGCGACACGAGACAGCUCUUGCUGGACUUCUACCGCACGCGCACCGGAAUGUGUCCGCGGGACCGGAAGCUGCAUCACGCGCUACCGACGGUGACUCGCGUUGUCGCGGACGUUCUCGUGAAGCACGAGAUCGCGUACAAAGGAAUGCUGCAGCGUCUGCAGCUGGAAUCUCAAGCGGACGACAUGAGCUUCAUCGGCUGUAUAGCAGAGACUAUGUUCAACGACAACACCACCAACUGGGGCCGGAUCGUGAGUCUGGUGGCCUUCGGGGCCGUGGUGUGCUCGCGUCUGAAAGAGCUGCAGAGGGAGCGGUGCGUGGAGACGGUGGCCCAGCAGAUCUCCUCCUAUCUGAUCUCCGAUCAGCACGACUGGCUGCUCAACAACAAGGGCUGGCAUGGAUUCGUGGAGUUUUUCCGCGUGGAGGAUGUGGAGUCUGUGAUUCGUAAUGCUUUGAUGGCUGUGGUGGGAUGCGCUGGGAUCGGCGCCGGUCUCGCUUUCCUGAUCCGGUGAAACUCCACUACCGUAUCGCUCUUGUGACUGACGCUGAAGCACUCAGAAGCAUGUCGUCUGGAGUCAAACUCCUGCUGUGCUCCGCUGGACUUGGCUUUAAGCCCCACAUGCGCUCACCAUCCCAGCAUGCACGGCACAAAGAUUGGGCUCGCCGUGAGCCAGUGAAUAGCAAGAUUUUUAUUUUCUCUAUAUCUAUUUUUUCUAAUAAAAAGCAUUCAGAAAUGCAUAUGUGGUGCUUGCAUCAUUUGAUUUCAUUGCUUCACUUUGCAAAUGUGUGUAUAUAUAUAUCUCUCUCGAUGAAACGUAGUGUUAAUGUGGCUUUUGGUGUUCAGCAGCUCCUGAGUUCCUGAUAAUGAAUCUGGUUUUGUUCAGAUUGACCUUUAGGCAAAGAGAAGCGAGACGGACCUCAUGUCAGAGUCUCUCGUCAACUGGAAAGUGAAAACUUUUCUAACACUCCGCCCAAAAAUUCCAGUGCCACAAAGACUUUCACUUUUCACUUUUCAU